UUUAUCAUCAUCGUGUGUUUAUAAAUGUUAAAUAAUUAUCAGUGUUGCAGUGUUAAUUUGUGAGUCUGUCAUGAUCAAAUGUGCAUUUACAAGUGCCUUGGAUUUAUUUAACGUUUAAUGCGAGAUGGUUAGCUUCAAAACCACUAACUGUCUUGGUGAUCAUGCUGCGGCUUCUUGCCAUCUACCGGGUAGUCUACGUGCACCCCUGAAUAACUGCAACAACAACUACCCCUUGAGUCAGGGGCAUAACCAUGAACCACCCUUGCGACACACCCCAUCGAGGACUGGUUACACAAUUGCGUCGCAUGGAUGCGCUCUACACGCGAGGCUCGACCAACCGGUGACCACCUCGACGCCCGGAAUGGACGACAAAAAGGUCGUCCAGACGGCGCCGACGUCAGGAACAGGACAACCGCUGCGUCCAAAAAGUAGUCUAGAUACGAGUGGUGUAGUGGCAUCAAUUUCAGGUGUAAGAAGACGAAGUGGACCCCAGGGCUUACGUUCACCAGCGGCCAAGAGGCCGUUAUCAGCUCCAGUAGCUCUUCAAGGAUGGCUGCACAAACAGGGCUCAGAAGGUCUCAUGUUAUGGAAGAAACGGUGGUUCGUCCUAUCCGAGUACUGUCUCUUCUACUACAAAGGACCGGAGGAAGAGAAACUACUGGGAUCGAUUCUGUUGCCAUCGUACCGGGUUACGGCUUGCAAACCCGAGGACAAGGUCAACAAGAAGUUUGCCUUCAAGGCGGAACAUGCUAACAUGAGGACGUAUCACUUUGCAGCUGACACGAGGGAGAGUAUGAAUCAGUGGGUCAAUGCACUGACACUUGCAUCACUACUUCAGGAUCCCAAUCCGAGCAAUGCAGGAGAGCAGGUGCCUGUAGAGCUAGCUGGACCAGCGGAUGGUGAUCGCAGUGCACGUCCAAGUGUCUCAUCGAUAUCUUCGAUUCUCAACCAAAGUGCUGACGACAGCGAUUCAGGCUUUCACGGGUUUCAGUCCCGCGAUGACCCGAGCCAAUCCAACAACAACUCAAGUCCCAACAGUAUAAAUACCGCAUCAUUUCCAAAUCUAAGUGCCAGUAACAGUAAUCACGGUAAUGUUAACAAUAAUAGCCCUGAGAAGGGAUUCGAGGAGUGUCAGCCACAGCCAAUGGUCAAUGGAUGGAUGCAGCCACCUCCUCAGUUUAGUCAACCGAGUACAUCUCAGCAUUACGGCCACAUCCAGAGUCCGGGACAUCCUCAGCAUCCACAGCAUCAAGCUCUGAUGCAUCAGUACAUGACGCGACAACAGAUACAACCUGGUCCAAGCAAUGUUCAAACUGUUCAACCGAUGCCUAGAAAUUUUGGUCAACCUGUUUACGCUAAUGCACCACCAAAACCAAGAAGACUGACCGAUGGAUCCACGGAUUACUCAACUCCAUCGCCAGAUCCGGAUUUUCGUAAAUCACCGGUUCAGCCUGGCAUGAGAAUGACAGCCAAGUCACCGAUUUUGGAAUACGAUCGGGGAAAUGCCAUUUAUGCCUCGAGGCUGGCACAACAGCAGAACACACCGACUUUGAGGACGGAUAAGUCGGGACUCAAUUAUGGGUAUGGACAGACACAGCCUGCUGAGAGGAGAACACCGGAUACGUAUGGGAGGAGUGCACAGCCCAGAGUGGCUAGAGGCAAUGGGGACUAUGAGGAUGUUUAUGCUGGGCCGCAGUUGUACCAAAGGCCAGCAGGACCUGUCGGAUACACCAAAGGACCAGCACCUGUACCCAUUUCGAUACCCGUUUAUGCGGUGCAGGGACAGACCUGUCCGAAUAGUAUAACUGUCAAUGGACCUGUAAUGAGACAACAAAAGGUCCAACCACCUCCUCGACCACACAGUGCCGAUUUCCUCGAGUAUGAGGCAACAAGAAGGCCAACCUCCCAAACGGCCGACCAGUCUGGAGUUCAAAACCAACAGAGACGACCGCAACGACCGAAAUCGAGUUUGGACGUUGUACCCUCGUCCGAAAUUACUUCACCCAAUGGAGACGGUUAUUUCUACUCGGAAGAGAGAUAUGCAGCGCAAAUGAGACAAUCGGCCGUGUAUCUGCAUCAAACUCCUCAGCAACACCAGCAACAGAGGAAUCAGUCCCUCUCGCGUGCAACAACACCCUCGAAAUCCUCACCGAGGGUGGAAGAGCCAAAUGGACCAAUUGGCAUGAAUGAGAUGCCCUGUGCAACUCGUCGCCCUCAAAGAGAACUUGUUUACCGUCAACACCCAAUGACAACACAGUCUCUACAAAGAUACACAGAUGCAUCAACCAACGAAGCUAUGAUGAGACGUUCGUUGCGUGAGAGAAGUUACGAGCCCUCAUACCGCGAUACCGUACUCCACGGAGACAGCGGUACAGUACCAAGACGAGUGGCACGUAAUUACGAAAGCCAACAGACAACACCCAGCAACAGAAUAGUCGAUGUUACGUACGGAUCACACAGUUAUCAUGGUGAACAUGGCCCCAGGCGAUACAGUGAUCAACAGUUCGCGAGAUCGGCAUCAGCCCGUUUGCCCAGAACUCGACAUCCAACUCUUGAUAACACUGAUGAUGAUGAUUACAGUGACAGAACAACUGGUCAGGGGUCACGAGACGGCGAGAGAAGGAUCCAACAACGUGAAGAAUCAAUGAAACGUCUUCUGGAAUGGAAGCAGCGAAUGCUGCAGUCACCCCUGACGCGUAAAACAACGGGUGCAACGAAUGGUGUGACGACAGCACAAAGUGAAUUAUCGAAUUACUACAAACGUCAAGUGUUACUCGAUCUAGCUGCUCAUGAAGCUAGUGUAGCUGAAGCCCGUCACUCGAGACGACGAGAUGAUAAUUCACAUCGGCCCCAUACGAGAAGCAAGAGCUCAGAUGGACGUAGAUCAGUGGUGAAUGUAUCGAGAUACAACAGCUACUCCAGCGAUGACGAAGCAUCAGGAUCAGGAUCAGUGAUAGGUCGUGACCCACUGCCCCCACGUGCUGUGAGUACAUCGCAAUUGUCCCAGAGCCCUUUGACACAGCCGCCAUCAUCCGUAUCAACACUACCCCUGGCUCGUCCCAAUGGACGUCAACAGAUACCGGGACCACUUCCGGUCCAUCAGUCCACCCCUCAGCCGACAUCAGUCCGACUUCCUGCCACCGGUGGUAAUGACAGUGACUCGUCAAUUUGUCGUGCCACCAGUAUCGCCGACGUUCGAACCCCUUCAACAGGGGUGAGCAAUGAAGUAUCGAGGUUAUCAUCACCCAGUGAUACGACCCAACGGCUUCUCAGUCCAGCGAGAAAUAUGCGUGUUGUAUCACCAAUCGAUCAUCGAGUAUCGAGCCCCAGCGAUAGUGAAAGACAUCUUCACAGCCCCAGCGAAAGAUUGAUGACGAGUCCUGUCAGCAUCCGAGAGACAAACGGAGAAACGGCAGUUCAUCGUCAGCUUCCUCGGCUAGUUCAGGGUCGAGAAAGCACCACGGAACUUCUCCAGAAAAGGCCAAUUCUAUCAAAGCAGAGAUCGACGGAAGUCCUUCUACGUGCUUCAUCCGGUGAUAGUAACUGUUUGACACAAGUGUCUGCAGGAGAACUCCUGGGUAGAACUCACGAGGAAUUAGUACUCCUUCUGAUUCAGCUGAGACGACAGAGUGCAGCCAUCUGCAAGGCAAUGGAGACGUGUCACAUGGAGAUUGAGGCACAGGCGAGGCUUGUUGAAUUGGACCAACCGCGAAGACUCGAGAAUCUGCAAAAGCUCGACGAGCUUAAAAAACAUCUGAUGGACCUCGAAAAACAGUACGAAAAGGGCAAGCCACUGGUGAAUUUGGUGGACAAUAUGGUGAAGCUUGGUACUCUGUACAAUCGAAAUGGCGUGAAUGGAAGUGUUUCUGGCUCUCGUCAGGAGUUAAUCCAGAUGCAGGAGCCGACACGUGAACACCGUGAGCGUUCAGAAUACAAUCAGAGGAUGCAGGAUCAGAGAAUUUUAGCUGACGAACGUAGAGACUGGGAAAGGCUGAGUCCUGAUCACGGACAACUGCAGGCGAAGGUGCAGCAGCUCUACAAACUGGAUCGAUUGCUCCAGGAAGAGUCGGGAACACUGCACAGCCUUCAGCAGGACAAGGAAUUACUCGAGAAGGCGCUGGGGGGGUUGAAGUACAAGCUCCAGGGCAGCAGAAGUAAUCCUGCUGAAGUGGAGAGGUACAAAAAACAGCAGAUCCUGCUGGAGAGAGAGUUGGCUAGAGUUCGAAUGCUCCUUGCUCAUAAUUCCAAGAAAUUGGAGGAGACUGUCGCAGAAAAUGCCAGACUAGAGCAGGAUCUUGUGGUGCUCAGGCAGAAGCUUCAAGCUUCGAGGAGAUAUGCAGGAAAUAUGACGAGGGACACUUCGGGCACGACUGUUGCUCUUGAGACAGAAUUGAGAAGGGUCCAGCAGUUAGUGAGUGAUCUCCAGAGGCAGAGACAAGAAUUGAGCGUACAAGUGCGACAAUUGACGGAAAAGUCGCACAGUCUGGUGCAACAGAUUAGACCUAAUCAGCAGCAAGCAGUUUCACCGGCACCUCAAGUCUACCAUCCAAAGAAAAAAACUCCAAGUUCUUGGCUGGAAACCGAUCUAGAUUCAGGAAUGACCUUAGAUCACGGUUUGGACUCACCCUCGAGUUCGAGUUCGUCAAUAUCACCUAGAAAUCGUCAAAACGGCAGUCCACAUCAGCAUAUACCAUCUCCACAAUAUAAAGAUCCUCCAGCGGCUCGUUACUCUCCCACGUCUGUGAAUCGUCCAGCUCAGCCACCAAAUUCGGUGCAAUCUGGCCAUCAGCAUUCCUAUCACCGUGAUUCACAGCAAAAUCACAUUACUGCUAUUUCACCACAAUUGAGGGAGCAGAUACAACAGCACCAGCUCAAACAGCAAUUGCUCAAGGACCAAAUGCAGGGCAAGGGGAGUCCGAUUCAAAGCAAUGUUCCACUUUAUGUGAACACCGAUUCACGGAGAAUUAAUUCGUCCGAUGGACUGAAAAGAAUCGAUUUGGGGCUCAAUGGCAUGGCUAUUCCACCGCCUGAAUAUGUCCCUCCACCACCCCCUCCUCCGUGCGAAGAGGCACUGCUGGUGAAUGGAGGGUAUGGGCAUGAGGAUAAUAAAUUUGCAGGAUUAAUGCCGAAUCGUGAGAAGCAGGAGAUAAAAACCGUCAGAAUAGUGAAACGAGAAUCUGAGAGACGCCAGAGAGACCGUGGAGAUAGAAAUGGUAACAUUGGAAUUCCCCUGACUAAUGGUCUCCAGGCGCCAGGUGGUGCUAAGCGACUCGGUGAAGAUGAGUUUGGCUCUCAGCAAUUUGAGAAAGCUCAACUUGGUAGAGUUGUGGAGGAGUCAGUCCUCAUGCACGCACAGAGCACAGUCCAGCUUUCAGAGCUGGAUGACGUUCAGUUCCAACGCAGUAUGUCACUGCCCCGAGGAUUUGGGGGUCAGAGGCCAAAGCCAGGUGUCCAUAAUGGUCCUGUUCCUCCCCCACCGAGAAGUGAUAGUAUGAAUGCCCUGAGAAAUAUGAUGGCUAGAAGACAUCGUGUGAGGUUUGAGAAUCAAGAGGGAAGUUCAGACAGCACGCUAUCACCCCACACAGAGAGUCCAACAUCUAGUUCACACGUGCCAAUGAGUUCGCCGAAUUACUCAAGCCCAUCGUACAGUCCCAGCCACCAGAACUAUCCAUCAGUCUAUCCAAGACUGACAAGCGCCCAGAGUGUUCCCUACAUAACAUAUCCAACUGGUUCAGUCACCUCUGAGAGAACUGACAGUCUUGGUAGUCCGAUAAACCCAAUGAGUCCGACAUUGACACCACCAGUGCCAGCAUCAUCAGCUCAGGAGAGACUCACGAGCUCAACAAUGAAUAUUAACAAUGCAAAUGAAUCUCCGCAAUUGUCUCCAGUAUUCAAGAGCGAGGCCGCCAAGCAGAUAAUCAAAGAAAUGACUGAGAAGAGGUCCGAUGGGCCUCGAAGACGUCAAGUACCCAAGGAAAAGAGACGACACUAUACUGUCUCCAGUAGUAAACCCAUGCUCGACCUCGAAGACACCUUUUCCAAGAUGGGGAUGGGAAGAGCUAGAGAUGAUUUGGACAUGGAAAGAGCACUACGACCCAGGAUCAAUGCCCCUGAUGUUGUCAGGUCCACGCUGAGCCAUAAAGAACUUAAGUAUAACGAGAGUACUAUCGAUCAACUCUUGGGUACGCCGAACAAAAUCUUUAUCCCUGAGAGAUAUAUUCCGGAACAGACUCCGGAAUUAUCAGCCGAGGAAAAAAAGCAGAGAUUGAAAAAAGCUGAUGCUAUCAGAAAAAUGUUGUCUGAGACGACUGUAACUACACCAGAGGGGGAUGAUGAAAAUGUGGACAUUGAAAAAUCCAACUCUUUAAAAAAGAAAGUAGCCGAGGAGAAGAGGCAAAGGGACCACAUUCUCCAGCUGAAUCAGAUCUUAGCGAAGCAAGUGAUGGAGAAGAGUAAAAUGGUGGCUGUGAAAGCACUUGCUACGCUUCCGCUGAACACGGAGCCGAGCUUUGAUGAUGAAGACUUAUCACCAGUAACGCCUCUGCCACUCUAUCAACAACGAGAGAAUUUUUACUCGUAAAUUAAAUGAUGGAAAAUCCAGAUACUUCAGGUGUUUUUUUUUUCUCAAUCAUGAAACGUACUGCCAAAUUAUACGACAACGGUAGAAUAAAACUUUACAACUUAAUAUCACUUCGUGCAUCGUAACUCCGAAAAUAUUUCACGUCUAAUGGGGUAAAUACGGCAUGAGGAAACAAUGGUAGAUUUAAAGCCUCAAUAAAAAUAUCGUGACUUUGAAUGAUGGAAACGGUAUAAGUGACCUGUCAUUGAAUACCCAAGUAGUUAUAGGUGGCAAUGAAAAUCAAGGACUCAUCAUUCUGUGUGCAAUAGUAAAAACAUUUUUCACGUUACAACGCCAUGGCCUGACGCCAUUGCGCCGACAUAAUGGCGACUGUUUACGUACAGAAGAUUCAAAAGAAAUGGCGAGAGAAAUUUUUAAUCGUUUGAUUCAAUACAUUCGGAGAAAUAUCUCGAACGAUCAAAGAAAAAUUACCGAAUUUUCCUUUGAAAUAUAUUUUAAAUAUUUUCUACUUAUGACAUGGAUUACUAUUCAACUGAAUAUCGAUCUCUGCCCCAUUCUUCUAUAAUGAAGGGAGAAAUGAUUUUUUAUUGCCACGAUUAUAUUAUAUUGUUGAGUAAUUCAUGUUAAUAUUCAAUGUUAUCAAUGGCAUAAUUAUGAACUUUCUAUUGUACAUUAUUUUAUGAUAAUUAUGUCUCGUUUCGAUAUUGGGGACUACGAGUGGUACGUGUGGAGAUGAUUAUUGAUUUGUGAAUAAUAGUACUGUGUAAAUAAAAAUGUUGAAACCGGUGGAAUAUUUGGGAUCACAAUGGGAUGAAAUGAAAUGAUUUUUACGUAGAAUUAUGUACAGAUUUCUAAGUAGAUAUUUGAAAAUUGGAUUAAUUGAUAUAUCGGUUUUGAAUAUUUUCCGGGAAUAUUUAAAUAUUUAUAUCGACAUUAAUGGUACGGUCAGGCAUUAAUUUAAUCAAUUUUUUAUAUUAUAACGUAUUAUUCAGGGCCAAAUCUCAUUCUCGUUGUUGAAUUGACCAACGAUCAAUGUUAAUUCAUUGAAGUGGCAGAUUGAUAACUUUUAAUUAUUAAAUAUUCAUUUGAUGAUCCAAGAGUAUGCCUUAUCGAAUAACAGAUUGACUAGUCCUAAGAUCAAUCACCUAAUGUUUCUCCUGAAAUCUUUUUUUCACAAAAUAAAAUCUUCACGUAGCGUUUAAUGAAUUUUCACUCUCAUUAAAUCAAACAACAUUCAUUUAAAAAUUAAGUUUGAAGUUCUACAUCCAUUGGCCGUCGACUGUCAAUGACUUCGGUACAGCUUUAAUGAGAAAAAUUGAGGGAAAAUGAUGUGAAACCAAUUUUUUGAUAAUUAGAGCUUACAAUAGGUAGAUUUAGGGUAAGAGAUAUUUCACGUGAAUUAUGGAGAAGGGAUGAUUAGCAUUUUCUAAGUAAUUUAAUUUUUCCGGGUAAAAAUUCUGUUAGUGCAUCGAAAAUGAUGAGUGACAUGUUAGUGAAGGGGAAUUGGGAACUUGAAGAAUGUUCAAUUAAAAACAGUGGAAAUCCUUCUCCGUGAACAGAUGUUCAUGUGCACAGAAUUAAACAUUGAAGAGUGAAAAAGUGAUCCCAAAUAUCCGUAUUUUAGUUUAAUUGAGAGUUGAUCCGAGGAGAGGAGAGGAGUGGAAAAGAUAUCCACUGCCCCUUCACCAAGAAAGUCACGAGAAAGAAUUUUAUCUUAAUCUCUAAAGUGCAUAUCCUAGUCUUGGUCUCUCUCCCUUCUCCGGAUCCCAAAUCUAAAUAUUCAGAUGUAAAAUAAUUAGAGUAAGCAAUUUUAAUAAGUUGGAUUUUAGACAAUAAUUAAUCAAGCGUUUUUCGAUGAAUGAGGCACGUUGAUCGUGUAAAAAAACUGGAAAUAAAUUAGAAUUCAGGCGGGAAAUUAUUCAAGAAGUGGAGUGGAAAAACAAUCGAGUCGAUUUUUGGUUUAUCGUCAUAGAUAAAUCGAUGAUGAAUUAUUUCAGAAGAAAAUGUCAAGAUGCAUUUUUGACGGACGAGCAGUUCUCUCUCUCUCUCUCUCUCUCUCUCUCUCUCUCUCUCUCUCUCUCUCUCUCUCUCUUCUCUUUCUGUCUGUUUUCUCCAGAAGUUAUUUAAUAUUUUUCUAAUUCUAUGAGACGAUUAUUUCUUUGACUAUUGAUUUCAGGAGAAAAAGUCAGAUAUUUUGGACGUGAAAUGUUCCAGAAAAAAUUCUCUUUGCAUUUUCCUCGAAAGUUCAUCGUUGAGAUAUUCAUAUAAUUCUUUAAAUCGCCCUCUUCGACUUGAACUGAAUCAAUUAUUAUUACCGAACUUAUAACCAAUUGUAUUUACAUAAUAUCAAUAACUAACAAGUAAACCCAAAAAAUGUUUCCAGGUGAUUUAGAGUAUCGAGACACCUGACGCGCCCUCAAAAUAAUUCAAUCAAACCCGCAAUUCCUCACCUAGUCUCUUUCCCUUGAGAACAAACAUAAAUUAAGAUCUCGAGACGUUCAUUAUUCAACGAUUGACUGAUCCGAGACGUCAGUGAAAUUUAUACACUAACAAUUUUUAUUAUAAUUCUAAACAAAAAAAAUGCGCGGACAAUUUUUUAAUAAAGAUCCAAACACUGGUCCUACAUUUUCGCACAUAAAGAUAAAACUGUUAGAGCUUAGAAAUAUAAUUGCGAAAGAAAUUAUACGACUGCAAAUGACGAAAUGUACGAAUGAUUAUGCUUAAUGAAUCAUUCUAUUAGGAAAUAUUAUACAGAACACUAUCUAUGCGUAAUGAUAAUUGUAGAUUGUAGAGAAGAGAAAUUUUUAAUGAUUUCCCCAUUUCAAACGGAGUGAUUUUUUUUUAUUGAAGCCCGUGUUUCUAUCAUGAUUUUUAGACGCUCAAUUUUAUUGUUUCCACGUUUUAAUUGUAUACUAAUCUGUUGAUUAUUGCAUAGUUAUAUAUUAUACACCCUAUAUUAUAAAUAUUUUGUAGUUAAAAACCGAAGAGUUCAGAUGAACAAGGGAGGUAAAAUAUAAAUGCCAUGAUACACUCGUGGAUGUUAAUUUUCCGAUGGCCCGUGCACAUCUGACAUAGUGUCCUAAAAUAAUUUUUCAUAAUACAACCAAUGAAACCAUUCGUGGAUAAAAUUGUAAUGCACCGAUGGCCGAUCUAAUGUUUAUUUCUCCUCUGAUUUAAUUGAAGAUUAUGAGACAACAGAAGAUGAGGGAAUGAGUCAAAUAUGUGGGCGGAAGAAAUGAAUGUUACUGAAAUUUCAAGACAAAUAAAAGACACAAACUGGUUUUUAUAUUAUCGAA